AUGGAUUCAACAUCGAAGGAGGAGUGCUUGACAAUCGAAGUGAAUCAUACAUGCUCUUUUGUCCCCAAACCCAUUGUGUAUUUCAAUCCCGUGAAAUUGGUUGUUAGCAAUGUCGACUUUAGAAGCAUGACCUUCUCGGAGUUCAUCUCUUAUGUAAAGAAGUUGGUAAAUGAUGGUAGAAUCACUGUCUACUAUUGUGUUCUACAACGUUUACUAAGAGAUGGGUUGAGAGAAUUUGAAGAUAAAAAUGAUUAUGUAUGUUUUCUUGAUGCUGGAUAUGAGAAUGGUGGAAGAAUGAAUAUGUACAUUGAUCAUAGUCAGGUACUAGUUAUGGAGUGGAUUGUAGAAGAGAUAGCUGACAAUGGAUGCUCAGAUGGUCAUACUGAUGAUGAUGAUGAUGAUGAUAUAGACUCUGAACUUUCAUAUAAUGAGUUUGUAGAGCGUGAACCUGAUGAUGAAGUGAUACAAAUACAACCAUCUGAUGAUCCGUUCCUUGGAUGA